AUGGGGUGCGCAACCGUUAUCAGAAAUCACACGGGCUCCUGGCGGUCAGCUAUAUCCCUGAGUGUCGAGCAAGGCAGUGCUUUUCUGGCAGAAAUUAGAGCUCUUGAGUUGGGUUUGCACACUACUAUGGUUCUUGGGUACAAGAAGGUUCGUUGUUCCUCUGAUUGUGCACAGUUGGUUACGGUGCUAAACUCAGGGAGCGAUUUUAGCACGUUCUGGGACCGCGAAAAUAUCAGAAGGGUAAUGAAUUUAAUUACAGAGUUUGAGAGAUGUACUGUGAAGCAUAUUGAUCGGGAUAAGAAUAAUACGACAGAUACCUUCGCUCGAGAAGCUGCUAGAACUGGUUCAUCUUCUCAAACUUGGGCCAUGCCUCCGUCAUUUGCUGCUACUUCUAUCUACUUAGAUUCGUUUAGCUAG